AAACUCAGACAGUUGUUGUGACUGAGAGGUGAAAUGGCGCAGCAAGGAGUUCAGCUGGACAGAGAAACCUUCUCUUGUUCAAUCUGUCUGGAUCUACUGAAGGAUCCAGUGACUAUUCCCUGUGGACACAGCUACUGCAUGAACUGUAUUAGAAGCUACUGGGAUGAAAAGGAUGAAAAGAAAAUCCACAGCUGCCCUCAGUGUAGGCAGACUUUCACACCGAGGCCUGUCCUAGUGAAAAGCACCAUGUUAGCAGAUUUAGUGGAGGAACUGAAGAAGACUGGACUCCAAGCUGCUCCUGCUGAUCACUGCUAUGCUGGACCUGAAGAUGUGUCCUGUGAUGUCUGCACUGGGAGAAAACUAAAAGCCUUCAAGUCCUGUCUGUUCUGUCUGAUCUCAUUCUGUGAGAAACACCUCCAGCCUCACUUUGAAUCACCUGCCUAUGAAAAACACAAGCUGGUGGACCCCUCCAAGAAGCUCCAGGAGAACAUCUGCUCUCGUCAUGAUGAGGUGAUGAAGAUGUUCUGCCGUACUGAUCAGCAGUGUAUCUGUUAUCUCUGCUCUGUGGAUGAUCAUAAAGGCCACGACACAGUCUCAGCUGCAGCAGAAAGGACUGAGAGGCAGAGAGAGCUCGAGGUGAGUCGACAAAACAUCCAGCAGAGAAUCCAGGACAGAGAGAAAGAUGUGAAGGAGCUUCAACAGCAGGUGGAGGCUAUCAAUCACUCUGCUGAUAAAGCAGUGGAGGACAGUGAGAAGAUCUUCACUGAGCUGAUCAGUCUCAUCCAGAAAAGAAGCUCUGAUGUGAAGCAGCAGGUCAGAUCCCAGCAGGUAACUAAAGUGAGUCAAGUCAAAGAGCUUCAGGAGAAGCUGGAGCAGGAGAUCACUGAGCUGAAGAGGAAAGAUGCUGAGAUGAAGAAGCUCUCACACACAGAGGACCACAACCAGUUUCUGCACAACUACCCCUCACUGUCAGCACUCAGUGAAUCUACAUCCAGCAUCAAUAUCAGUCCUCUGAGGUACUUUGACGAAGUGACAGCGGCUGUGUCAGAAGUCAGAGAUAAACUCCAGGACCUUCUGAGUGAGGAAUGGACAAACACGUCUCUGACAGUGACUGAAGUAAAGGGCAUAGAAUUGGGGGGACUUCAGGGCCUGUGUUUGAAGAAGAAGAAGCGCAAACAUAUCAGAAAGAAUAGCCGUAGAAGCGCGAGUCAGGACAUUAAUACAGACUUUGAACAGGGUCUAGAAUUAUGUGCCACGCCCCUGACUGAAGUGGAUGUUUCACUGUUACAACCAGAGCCAAAAACCAGAACCGAAUUCUUAAAAUACUCAUGCGAAUUCACACUGGAUCUGAACACAGCAAACAGAUUCCUGGUCUUAUCUGAAGGGAACAGUAAAGCAACAGUAACAAUACAGCAACAGUCCUAUUCUAGUCACCCAGACAGAUUCACUGAUUUUUUUCAGGUCCUGAGUAGAGAGAGUCUGACUGGACGUUGUUACUGGGAGGUGGAGUGGAGAGGGAGAGGAAUUUGUGUAGCAGUCGCAUACAAGAAUAUCAGCAGAGCAGGGGGAUUGAAUGAAUGUAGAUUUGGAUACAAUGACAAAUCGUGGGCAUUAUAUUACUGCCAAAACAAUUCUAUGAUUUUGUACGACAGUAGCUGGUCUUCCGUCUCAGGUCCUCAGUCCUCCAGGGUUGGAGUGUAUCUGGAUCACAGUGCAGGUAUUCUGUCCUUCUACAGCAUCUCAUCAUCAGAAACCAUGACUCUCCUCCACAAAGUCCAGACCACAUUCACUCAGCCUCUCUAUGCUGGACUUUGUCCUUUUGGUGAUAGAGACACUGCUGAGUUCUGUAAACAGAACAGAACAGACAGAAGUCAUUUGAGGCACAGUUGGUUAGGGUUUGAGUUUAAUUCGUAAAAUUCUUAAUGUGUUUUGCAGAGAGCUGAUUGUUGUAUUGCAUUGUUGCUUUUCUUGACCUGUCAGUCAAUCAUUAUGGGUGGCACAUUGACAUUUUGUCAUUAUUUGCUCCGUAAAUGUUUGAGUUUCUUUUGGUGGCGCUCCCUCCUGUUUCUGUUUAAUCACGGAGGGACAUCACUGCUCAUGAAGAUUUUUGUUUACCUGAACCAGAGUUAUUAUAGUUUUGUAUUUUUCAUUAAUUUUAAAUGUUACAUCUAUGACAUUCAUACUCAUGUUUAUGUUGAAAAGAGAUGAUAUUGUAUAUGUGUGUUGCUCCUUGUGUGUUUAAUGGCAGUGUUUGCAGGAUGUGUUUAUGUGUGGAUGUGUGUAAAAGUCAGAUUCAUUCAGAUCUAACAGCAUCCUUCCUGAAUGCACAGAUGGAGAUAUAUGUAGAGGUCAUGAUGACAUUGUAUAUAUGUGUUUACCAGCCUGUUUGAAAAAAACAUUUGCUUUGUUUGAAUUCUUUGAGUUGUGACUUAAUAACCCUGGGUCUCAAGGCAAGAAUAUACUGUGUGUAUGACAAUACCUUAUGAAGGCAGUUGGCUUCCUGUCUCAAUAGACAUAUAUACACCAGUGCCUCAGUGAGUUUUUACUAUAAAUUCAUUAUCUUUAUUUCAGGUAACUAAACUUUUUUAGUAACCUUAACCUGAACCUACAUUUCUCUGCAUAAAAGUGUAAACUUAUCUGUACUCUAAAUGUUGACUAUGUCAUUGAUAAUACAUUACUGUUCUAAUGUGAUUUCAUGUUUUUUGUUUUUAUGUUGCAUUUUAUGCUGCAAAACCAAUUGCCCUUCAGGGAUAAAUUAAGUUGAACUUGAUUAAUAUUUGUAUUGAUGUAUUUUGUAUGUUGUUGUUUUUGUCCCACUGCAUGGGUCUUAAGAGGGAAAGCACCAGACCUUCAUCGUAUUCGUAGAUAUUUUGUUGUCACCACUUUGUAAAAAUUACAUUUAUUUGUUUGGCAGAAUGUUUUUGUUAUUGUACAAAUGAGGAACUAUGAUGUAGCUAAAACUAAAUUAUUAAUAAACAUUGUGAGAUAUAUCUGA